UUUCCUCUCUGGCCUGAUAUCAAUCAAUAUCAAGUACUGCCAUUGUUGCUCUACAUACAAAUCAAGCGCACAACCCCUUUCACAACAGAUCAAUUCCAACUCUUCUUUUCAUCUGCUACUCAAUCGAUCAAUAGCAAUAGACAUAUCUCUUCCAUUGGUUCAAUCCUCAGCACAAUGCCCGAAGUCUACGCAGCUCCCCAGGACUAUGCGUUCCCACGCAACUUCAAAGGAUACGGAGAGAAGGGUCUCGAAGGCCUGAAGUGGCCCAACAAUGCUAAAAUUGCCGUAUCGUUCGUCAUAAACUACGAAGAGGGCGGCGAACGCUCCGUCAUGAAAGGCGACGGCGUCUCCGAAAUCAGUCUCCGCGAAUACCCCGCCCAACACCGCAUCAACGAGCGCGACUACUCUGGCGAAUCCGAAUUCGAGUACGGCUCACGGCGCGGCUGGUGGAGAACCUUCAAGCUCUUCAACGACUACAAGAUGAAAUUCACCCUCUACGCCGUCGGUUCCGCCGUAGAAGAGCAACCAGAAGUCGUCUCCCGCUGCGUCGAAGAAGGCCACGACGUCGCCUCCCACGCAUACCGCUGGAUCGACCACGGCGACCUCUCCGUCGAAGCCGAGAAGAAACAUAUUCGCGACGGUAUCACGGCGCUCAAGAACUUGACUGGAUACGCGCCCAAGGGGUGGUACUACGGUCGUCCGUCGCCGCAAUCCCGCGCUCUCAUCCCGCUCGUGUACCAGGAAAUGGGCGAGGAGCUGUUGUGGGCUAGCGAUACCUACGCGGACGAUAUCCCCUACUGGACCGAUCUCCCGCAGGAGCGCGACGCUUCAGACCCAAAGGGCUGUUUGAUGGUGCCGUACAGCUACGAUUGCAACGACUUCAAGUUCCACACCCAGGGCACUGGGUUCAGGAGUCCUGGAGGCUUCUACGAACAUAUCAAGAACGCGUUUGAUGUUUUGUAUGAAGAAGGCGAGCAAGGUUCGCCUAAGAUGAUGACGAUUGGUCUGCACUGCCGCAUCAUUGGCCGUCCGGGGCGGUUCAAGGCGCUGCAGGACUUUGUCAAGUAUAUAUCUGAGAAGGAGGGCGUUUGGGUUGCGACAAGGACGGAGAUCGCGGAGGCUUUCAGGGAACAGUUUCCUUACAAGAAGGGCCAGUUGGCGUAG